UGUCCCUUCUCGCAUUCCGUAUAUAUUAGCAGUCAAGCUAGCUUGUAGUGUUUACGGAAUCGUUCUGGAAACUAAAACAGAUGUACAGUACAUGUAAUGAUGUGAUGAUGUUAAGAUCUUUGCCUUGUUCAUUAAGAAUUAUUGGCUAUCUGUAACGUGGAGUCUGUUAAAACCCUGUUAUUCUUAUAUCGCUAGCGUAAUUUAAAUCUUAUUCAAUAGGGGUAAUCGACAACACUUCUUCUUGAAUGACUGUUAAGUCAGCUGCACAAAUCUAUAUUGCUACCUCAUUUGUUAUAUGGACAUCUUUGUGGAGUCUUAUUACCUUGACCUGUGUUCCUGAAAGCAGAGUCAGUCAAUGGGAGUUGAAGUUGUGAGUCAACGAUUGGAGGACAUGGUCGUGAAUCUUUGCCUGCCACACUUCAACACAAACAUAAGUUGCAAUAAGCUGUGUGCAGAUGGGUACGAUGUUACAAACCUUAUAUCAGCAGAUCCUGCUCUCCAGAGGCGGGGCUUCAAACUGGAGUACUUCUUACGUCCACCUGUGCAGGUGACGUUAAGGUUCGCAUUCCAGGUGGAGCUUUGCAGAGUGGAUGUGGAGCUAUGGCCUUGGGGCAUGGACCGAGGACAGUGCAGCAAGAGACUGGAGAUUAGCACCAGCUCUGAACCGCUCCCUCCUCAAAGUUUUGGUCCGGACCAUCUUAAAAAUGGGCUCCAGACGCAGGUUCAUCUGAAGACUUCUCGUGUGCCUCAGCAAAGGCCUCAUACUCAAACACAUUGUUCUGAGCAUGACUUUAAACUGGUGGGGCGUUGUGAACUCAAGGAGGAAACCAAAGUUAGUUUCUCCCGUCCACCAUUUCAUCUGCGGCCCCCCUUCGCGUCCCCUCCUCCUCCUCAACCCGACGACGGUCGACGGGAAGAGCUGUGGAGCCGAGGACACCUUUCCUUGACAGCGGUUACGCAGCUCCGUGUGACGCUGCCUUUCGGCGGCUCUGCGUCCGCUCUGGGUCUCAAGGCUUUGGCGGUUUGGGGGCAACCGGCUCGUUGCUGCCCCCUGGAGGAAGUGGAAAAGAUUGAGCAGGCCCACAAGGCCAGUCAAAGAUCUCUAUCUCGACCUGUCCCAGCUGUCAAUCAAAUUAGCCUGCCCUGCCUGGACACGCCUCCGAGCACGCAGUCUCUCACUUCAAUCCCAGAAGAGUUCCUCGAUCCCAUCACCCAGGAGGUCAUGUCACUUCCCAUGCUGCUUCCGAGCGGCGUGUCGGUGGACAGCACCACCCUGGAGGAGCACCAGAAGAGGGAAGCCUCAUGGGGGAGACCAGGGAGCGACCCGUUCACCGGCGUCCCCUUCACCGCCACUUCCCAGCCACUCCCCAAUCCCCAUCUGAAACGGCGCAUCGACCAUUUCAUCCUGCACAACGGCGGCACCAGGAGGGACGGGACGACGGGUAGGCGAGGGGAAGCAGAAAAGCCCAAACCCUCCAGGUUGAUUGGCUCAUUGGCGGCCAAGAAAAAUCACUGUUUAACGGCGGCUACAAUCGAGGACCGCGUGUCGGGACAGUCCUCGGAUGAUGCCAGUGUAUCAUGUGACUCAAAGCUCUCUAGUCAAUACAAAACAAUACCUCUUGACGGAGGGAAGAAACGACACCUGAAUGGAUCGGAAGCAGCUGUGCGCCAACUACAACCUCAAGCGAAACAACCAAGAAGUGACUCGAGCCCAGGGCCAAGCAGCAGCAGCUCGCAUGAAAAUAAUCUGUCAGCCAGUUUGGACGACGCCCUCUUCUCCGUCUUGAAGGGACGACCCUCCUUUACUUCAAACUUGGCGAUGCGGGAGACUGCCCUUUCUCUCACCGAGUCAGUGGAGGCCCCAACUCAGCAUCAGGCUACUGCUUCUAGCGCUGCAGGCGAGAGGACGUGCUCAUCGUGUUCCCGUGCACUCUCGCCGUACUCGACGGCGCCCUCGCCCAUUUACCGGCUGCUCUGCGGCCACUUGCUGUGCCGCGCUUGUCUGCAAAGUAACUCGGCACCCGCGCUAAGCUCCGUCACCACCACCACGACAUCAUCCUCCGCCCGCAUCCUGUGCCCUACCUGCCGAAGCCCCACGUCGCGCGGCGACAUCGUACGCGUGCAUCACUAGCCUGCCCGGAGACAGUGGGAGGAAAUAAUCUGUUCUCAAGGUGGAGGCACAGAAACGGUGUUUGUCCUUGUUCCUCACUACAUUCUGAGGUGCACGGAGGACGUCAAGAAGUAUUGCGUACGACUGUUUGAAGAAAAAAAAAAAAAGGAAAUGGAAUUUUUGUCCUCUUCUCUCACUUUUUUGUCGUCUUGUCAUUGAGGCUCUGCAGCCUUGGUUGAGACGGACGAGUUUGUGGACACAAAGAGGCGUGAGGAGAGUGCAGCAUAAACAGAGGCUCAAUGCGUAAAGACGGAAGCAUGGAGACAUUUUUGAGCCUUCGUGAUCUGCUGACCUCCGAGUGCCAUGCGUCUGCCAUUCAACAUUACCACCACCAUUUUGCACAGUACAGAUUUGACCAUGCGUUGUAAUUUAUAGCGAUUCAAGAAAGAAUUCCACCUUUUGCUGAAUCUAAAUCUUAAUGCAGUGCAUUACAUCUAGUGUUGUUAUCAUAUUAUUUGUCAUGAAAAUACAAUGUGCGAGAGAAAAAAAAAGAUUUGUAAUACUGCAAAAAAA